AUGGCUAAUCCUUUUCUCAUGGACGAUGAUCUCGAUGGCGGCGAUGUAGCCGUCAAUCCCUUCUUGAUGCACAGUGAACCGGAUGCAGCGGGAGGCGAAUCAGCGGAGAACCCCUUUGGCGAAUCCGCCUCCAAUCCCUUUGCCUUUGGCGGCGAUGAACUGGAAACGGAGACAGCCGAACAUGUGCCUGAUAUUGAUCCGGCGAUGAGUUUCUUUGGCACCACCAUCGAGGCAGAGGACGAUGCACUGAGUCUCAAGUCCGCUGCCGAGGAGGAUGAUGAGGGCAAGAAGCAAGCAGGUGGAGGAGCACCACCGCCUCGACCACAGCCACCACAGAGCACACAGGAGCUGAUCAACACGGUGUCCAGUCAGCUGGACGAGACCAGCUCAGAGCUGUUGGGUCGCAUACCCGCCACACGUUCGCCCAGUCCCAUCUCCAUGCGGGAUCUUCACUCACCUAGUCCCACGCCCGACUCGGGACUGGCCGAUCUCCUGGACGUCGAUGUGGAUGUGUCGGACAGUGGCUCCAGUGCCAAUACUCAAGGCAUUGAGACGGAUCUCAUGGACAAUCCCUUUGGUGUGCCAACGGCGUUGCCCAAUCUGCAGGGCGCGGCACCGUUGCCAUCACCGGCCAAGCAGCAGCCACCGCGUCCGCCACCGCCGCGUCCAGCGCCCCCAAGGCCAACACCGCCGCCACAGCUGAUGCAGGGUCAGCAUGGACAACAGCAACCGGCGCCGCCGCAACGUCCGCCACCACCAUCAGCCCAACCGGCGCCAGCUCCUGCUCCCGCACCUGCCGCUGACGAUCUGCUAGACAUGUUUGGCAGCAGCAGCAAGCCAGCGAAACCGCCGCCACCCAAGACCAAGGAGGAUAUACUCAGCCUGUUCGAGCAGCCAGCGGCGCCAGCUGCCAAACCCGAUUUGCUCAACGACGAUCUGCCCGAGCAGCAGCAGCAGCAACCUCAGCAGGCGAAUGGAGCUCGAGAUGAGCCCAUCUUUAGUUCGCUGCUGAUACGACCGGACGAUAGCACCCAUGACAUUACCUCACAGCCACAAGCGGCAACCUUGGCGCACAUUGCGGCACCGCCGGAGGCUACGCAGCGCCAGCGAGCGCCCACGCCGGACAUUGAGAUCACCACGGUGGAGGAUCUGCCACGUUCCGACGAUGAGGAUGAGGAGCCGGAGCCAACGCCCGUGAAGGUUGAAGCCGAACCCGAGCCUGAGCAGCCUGCUGAACCGGAAUUGCAACUGGAGCUGGAGACGCAGGCUGAACCGGUUGUCGAAGUUGAACCGGAGCCAGAGCCGGAACCCGAACCGAUUGCCAUUGAGUCGGAUCAGAGUCCUCCCACAGAGUCGGCGGCCACCACUCAAGCGGCGAAUGUGGAGCUGGGCAGCGAUGAACCGGAGCAAAUGGACACUGGACUGGAUUUCCCGGGGUUGGCGAGUGGACAGCUCUCGGCGAAUCCGUUUGCCAGUCCCGAGGAGGAGGACGAACCAAGUUUUGCCCCUGCGCCAAUUGUCAGCAACAUUUUCGCGGUGGACGAGCCGGAAACGGAGCCACAACCGCCGGAAGUGCAACCCCGACAGGCUCCGGCAGUGCCACCUGUCAGCAGCUAUGUGAGCAACAUCUUUGCCGUUGAGCCAGAUGAGUUCGAUGCGUUCUCAGCCAAGUUUGAUUCCGUGAAGAAGGACAACAUCAGCAUACUGGAUGGGUUCGGUGGCGGCGGCUCGGGUGCAAUAACACCCACUGGAGGAGAUGCUUGGGGUGACAGCGCUUUUGGCUCUGCGACGACAACGGCCAACGCCUUUGGUGAGGUGAACUCGGCUGAUGAUGGCUUCGGCAAUGAGGACGAUGACUUCUAUGCGAUGCAGGCGCCGGCACGUGCCGAUUCAGUGGAGUCCGUGGACAAAGAGUUUAGCGUGGUCAUACGACCCAAGGCCGAAGGCUCUUCCGGGGUAGCACCACAGCUGGCGCCACCGCCGCCACCGGCUCGCGGUGUAGCUGUAACAGCGACAACGCCACCGGCAGUUAAUCCCUUCGAGGAUGUGAGCGGUUUCCCAGCGCCACCGGCAGCCGCUCCUAAUGCCGAGGGCAGCAUCAAACGCACCGAUUCGCAGGACACACCGCAGACGCCGCUGUACGACGAGGAUGUGUCACAGCCGCUGGAGGAAUUCCCGCGACUACAUUACGUCGGACCCGGAUGGGAGAUGCAGCUGCGUCAGCCGAACAAGAAGAAGAUCACCGGCCAACGGUUCUGGAAAAAGAUCUUUGUACGUCUCGUCGUGCAGAACGAUGUGCCCGUGGUGCAAUUACUCAAUCAGGCUGGGGACAAACAACCGUUCCAGGAGCUGCCACUGCAACCAUCAUAUUCGGUAUCAGAGAUCGGAGCCCAACAGUACGAUCAGUUCGGCAAGAUCUUCACCAUGAAGCUGCAGUACAUCUUCUACAAGGAGCGUCCGGGCGUGCGACCCGGUCAGGUGACCAAAGCAGAACGCAUCACCAACAAGCUGACAAAGUUUGCACAAUACGCCAUCGCCGGCGACUACGAAGGCGUCAAGGAGUUUGGCAGCGAUCUCAAGAAACUCGGCUUGCCCGUCGAGCAUGCACCGCAAUCGUCGCAGCUCUUUAAGAUCGGUUCGAUGAACUACGAGGAUAUGAAACAGUUUUCCGUAUGCAUUGAGGAGGCGCUCUUCAAGCUGCCCGCGUUGCGAGAACGUGCGCUCACAUACAAAAUGGAGGAGGUCCAGGUGACGGCGGUGGAUGAGAUCACCGUCGAGCAGGACUACGAGGGUAAAAUCCUGAAACAGAUCGCUCGAGUGCGUCUCUUCUUUUUGGCCUUCCUCACUGGCAUGCCCACCAUCGAGUUGGGCGUCAACGAUAUGUGGCGCCAGGGCAAAGAGGUGGUGGGACGACACGACAUCAUUCCGGUGGCCACCGAGGAGUGGAUUCGCUUGGAGGCGGUCGAAUUUCACAGUGUGGUCAAUCAACAGGAGUACGAACGUACGCGCACCAUCAAGUUCCAGCCACCAGAUGCCAAUUAUAUUGAACUGUUGCGCUUCCGUGUGCGUCCGCCCAAGAAUCGUGAACUUCCGCUGCAGCUGAAGGCCACCUGGUGUGUCACUGGCAACAAGGUGGAGCUGCGCGCCGACAUCCUUGUGCCGGGAUUCACUUCGCGCAAGCUAGGACAAAUCCCCUGCGAGGAUGUCUCGGUGCGCUUCCCCAUACCCGAGUGUUGGAUCUAUCUGUUCCGUGUGGAGAAGCAUUUCAGAUAUGGCUCUGUAAAAUCGGCCCAUCGACGCACGGGCAAGAUCAAGGGAAUUGAGCGCAUUCUCGGAGCCGUCGAUACGCUGCAGGAGUCGCUGAUCGAGGUGACUUCCGGCCAGGCGAAGUACGAGCAUCAUCAUCGCGCCAUCGUCUGGCGCUGUCCCCGUUUGCCCAAGGAGGGUCAAGGUGCUUACACAACACAUCAGCUGGUGUGCCGCAUGGCACUCACGUCAUAUGAUCAAAUACCCAGCGAACUGGCGCCAUACGCAUUCGUGGAGUUUACCAUGCCCGCCACGCAGGUCUCGCAUACCACCGUGCGCUCCGUGAGUGUCCAGGACUCCGAUGCCGAUGAGCCCCCCGAGAAGUAUGUCCGCUAUUUGGCACGGCACGAGUACAAGGUUGGCAUCGAGACCACGCACGGCGAGUCCACGAAUGCGUAUUUGGCGGCAACGCGUCCAAUACGCGAGGAGUCCUCCAGUGGCACAGGUGCUAGCAAAGCAACUGCCUCGCCAGUGCCACCAAGCGACUCAGACUCGGACUCCAAUUAAGCUGCAUCACACACACACGUACACAUAUAUAAAAUACACACUCACACACACACACACACACACACACACACAGAGACAAACAAUAGCGUUUGCUGAAUGGAAACCGAGUUUCUUAGAGUGCGACAGAAAGAUGCUUUGAUUAACAUCCUUUGCUUUAGCCCAACGUGUUCUCAUCGUAUUAGUUCAUUUCGUACACAUUACGUAUACGCGCCGUGUGAGUAGCUCGAUUAAAUUGGAUAAAUUGGAUUAGUUGACAAUAAAAAUAUAGGAAAAGCAAGCACAUGGGGCAUGGAGAGUCUCCCAAAAUGAAUGAUAAAAAGGAAUGAUGGAUUGUAUUGCAUUAUUGUAUCUAUUAUUGAGUUCUGUUGAUGCGUAUACUAAACAUACACUUACAUACUAGACAUACUAUACUAUAUAUAUGUGUAAUCUCAUCUCAAAUACUUACGAGUAAUUAGAUACGUUAACCAAAAAAAGGAGAAGAAGCGACCAAACGAUGCGAACAAACGAUCUGAGUUAUUGUAAGCGUACGUAAAGUCAACCCAUACAUAUGCAUAGAGAUAAUGGUUAAACAAGUUACAUACUUACAUACAUAUGCAACCCAAACACACACACACACACACACACACGCAUAUAUAUAAAUAACAUAUAUAAAACAUACUAUAUAUACAUACAUAUAAUAUAUGAGAGUUCAUAGUUAUUAACCUAUUAACUGAUGUUACAUACCUAUACAUUAAGGCGCAAGUGACAAGACAAAAGAGAAAUGAUAAGCAAUUUCGCAAAACAUCGUUCAAGUACGAUUUAAGUUAUCGUUGAAAGUAUUCCCCAAGAUCUGCAUAUGCAUACAACUACAUACAUACUUAUUAUUAUAUAUUGGAGUAUCGUAAACCUGGCCUCAACAGGCUAACGCACACACACACACACACACACACACACACACACACACACACUACAUAGAUUGAUGAGAAGAUUUUUCAAGAGUUUAAAUUUAUAUAUAUGUGUUACCGCCUAAAUAAAAUAAAAACUGCAGUUGAUGGGCAUAGUUGAAAUCCAAUCCGAUGUUUGCCACAACACUGCUGCUGGCAGCUGUUUCCGUUUCCGUUUCGCAGCGGAUCAUCACGAUCAUCGUCGUUAUCGCCCAUCGCCCAUCGCCCACAGCAAAGUAUAUAAAAAUCAAGAGUUAAACACACACUAAAAACAAAACUAAGCUUUAUUGAGACAUUGAUUUCAAAUUAUAAAUAAAUUCAAUUUACAUUUAACUUGAAGCAAAUACGGAAAUGCAUAUUCAAAAUGUUAUUGUUGUGAAUCAAACUAAAUUACAUAUUUAUUCAAAAGAAAAACAAAAGAAAAUAAAAACCAAAAAGCAAAAAAAAAAAAACUACAAAUUAAAAAAGAAAACCCAAAAACAAAACGUAACCUAAAUGAAUAGUGAAAAAUGAAUCGCAUCUUUGUUAAAUCAAGCAAAACAUAAAAAAAGUUUAUAAAGCAAACUACAUACAUACUACAUACAAGUAUUUAUUGAAGCAUAAAUGGAAAACCAAAGAAAAACAAAUACAAAAAAAAAAAAAACGAUAAAGAUUAAAUAAAAAUAUACAAAAAAUGGAAAGACAACCUAUACAUACAUGCG